UGCUAGCAGUUUAAUUGGACUUGCAGGUUUUUUUCCUUGUUGACAAUGCUUGGCUAUAGUUCAUUUUACUAACGUAAUUAGCCAGUCUGCAGAGUGUUCUACAGAGAAAGCACGACGCACUGCGAAUCCCAAGGACUACCAGUUCCUGGAAAAGUGCUAUCGGUUUCCUAUGCACUCCAGUUAUGAAAGAUCCAUGGUGGUACCACAAAGCACAGAAAAAUGUUUUUGAAAGACUCCAAAAAGAUUGGGAUCCACCAGCUGCCCCAUGUGUGACACCCAUGACAAGUUUUCUUAAGAGAAGGAUUGGGGCAGUUCUACAAAGUCAGAGCCCUGACCAUUCCUAUUCCAACUCUAAUAAGGUCAACAAGAUCCAGCAGUGGAGGCUUUGCACAAGUUAUAAUUUGCAAUUAAAUGACUUAAAUGCGCUAAUGAAAAAGAACAAGUGCCAAGAUGGCGUCAAGAACUUUGAAACUGGAAAGAAAACAGUCCAUGAUGGAGUCUGCGUAUCAUAUACAAUGAAGAAGAGUAUGAUAAAAAGUGACCGCUUGAGGACCCCGAAAGUCCAUUCUGUAGUCCUACAGUACAAAGGCCCUCAAACCUACUAUGAGGACACCUUGCCGUUCAUAAAGAAAUCAUUUUCUCAAAAGCUAAGCCACACUUCUAAAGUCAACAGAAAAACCUUGAGCAACUCUCACAAAACUUUCUAUAUUGAUAUGCCGCAGAGCAGACUGAGAGUCGGAAACUUAGAACCCAAGAAAAGUCAAACUCAUCAGAAAAGAAAAGAGAUCUUCAAGCCGUAGCUGAAGGUAUAAUAUAAAUCAGGCCGGUUUAAGGACUGGAUUUUCAAAAGCAGACUCUUGGUUUAUUUUGACCAGACACGCUGAAACCCAAGAAUGAUCUACCUAGAGAACAGUCAGACACUCGGAAAAAUGGAAUAUAAAAAGAGCAACAGAUGGAAGCUUGAAAAAGCCAAGGGCUUAGAAAGUGUAUCUUGUCACCUUGUAGAGAGCCCUAUCACAAUAAACCUGCUGGCUCCCUGGCACUGAAAAGCCUGAAUCUAUUCAUCCUUGAAAGGCUUUUGUUUUCAAAACAGCUUUAUAUAUUUUUUCAUUAUGUUCUAUGAUUUGCCUACAGUGGAUACAAUAAAAAUGCAUUACAUUUUUUUUAUAUAUAUUUAUUUUUUGUUCUGAAUACUAAUCUUACAUCAAUUUUGAUGUCAAUUUGUAAAUUAAAUGGACAUUCAAUCAAAAAUUAAACUUUUCACGAAAGCCGA